AGACUUGACAAUGUUUGGGACUGUGGUUGUCGGAGUGGGGAUUGCCGGAUCUGUGCGAAUCCGAGACUUGCUGAAUCCUUUGCCUUCCAGUCCUGCAGAGCAUCUUAAACUCGUGGGCUUCAUCUCUAGGAGACCGCUAGGCAAUAUCCAGCACGCCAAUCAAAUUAGUUUACCAGAAGCUCUCGACAACAAGGAGGUCCACGCUGCUGUCGUCAGCACUGAUAACAGAAACCAUGAGGAGAGCAUCAGGACGUUCCUAGAGGCUGGGAAACAUGUCCUCGUUGAAUACCCAAUGGCAUUGUCUGCAAAGGCGGCGCACCAGCUCUGGGCGAUGGCGGAUCAGAAAGGUAAAGUUCUCCACGUGGAGCAUAUUGAACUCCUUACAGAGGAGUACAAGCUGCUGAAGAAAGAGGUGGAGGGGAAGGAGCUUGUGAAGGGAACACUGCACUUCACAGGCGGUCCGUUGGAUGAAGACCGUUCUGGGUUUCCGGCUUUCAGCGGGAUUGCUCGCCUGACUUGGCUGGUUGACCUUUUUGGGGACCUCGCUGUCACGUCUGCCAUGAGGGAAGAACAGAAAGAGAAGAAUUACUCCAGGAUGACGGUGCAGUUUCAGACAGCAAACAAGAGACCUCUGACUUGGAUUGAAGAAAGGGGACCGGGAAUGAAACGCGAUAAGAUGAUCAACUUCUGCUUCAAAAGCGGGUGCUUGGAAAGCCUCCCUGAAGCCCCCCGUGCAGCGGUCGGCCUCUUCAUGCAAGACCUCAUCCUCUUCGCCCAGAAACUCUUGGGCCAGGUUUCCAAAGAGGAACUGGUUGCGGAGAAGCAGCGGAUUCUACGAUGCCUUGACCUGGCCGACGAAAUUCAAGCUCACUGUGAGCGGACAUCCAAAAUCUGCUCUUGAAACCUUUGAACCAUGCUGCAUAGAGUUAUUGCUCCUUACACUCCAUAAAAAGAUUAAGGGUUUUCUAGCAAA